AUGGAAGUGCCAGUGCAACCGUGGGCUGAUUUCUUGAUAGAAUGUCCAAGUAUCAAUAAUGGAGCUGGUACGUCUGAGUUAGUUGAAUCUGAGUGGGAAUGGCUUAAACAGUUGUGUGAAUUGGCUGAUGAGGAUUGCUGUUCGGAAGUUAAUAAUUCAUUUCAACAAGUAACAAUAACUUUCAGAUUGGAUGCUAGCAGUUAUUUUUUGAAGCUACAGCGGAGUGAAUCUUUUCCUGCAACUGGUCCGGGAGUUGUGACCAGCUUGGGUUCUGCAUUUGAGCAUUCAUGGCAAAGUGGUGAUACACUUUGUUCAUUGUAUCACAGCUUCGUUGAACGUUGUUUAAAGAUCGAUCUAGCAGUAAAACUGUGCUCGGACGUCAGAUAUCCAUUUACAUUCAUGGAAUGGACAAUUGAUGAAGAUGAACCUACUUGUAUAACCAUCACAUUGUUGUGCGAAGAAUGGAGUUCAAAAAAAAGCUUUCAGUUAUUUCUGGCAGUUGAUUGGUUAGAACCGAGUACUUUUCCGCGUGGACUCAUUUCUUCUGUUCCAGAAUACCUUCAGGGCUUGCGAUUUGAUGAAUGGGAUUCAUCAGAUUUAUUUGCUGAUAACCUGAUUCGAAUUUUCCGUAAUGUGAUCUCAUAA